GUUAGUAUCCCACCCUAGGUUGAGGUAUUGUUUUGAGUGAAUGCAAAUGGUGCGAUUGGCAAGUGAGAGUGACUUGUGUGACGCGAGUGAAUUUUUGACGAUAAUCCCAAUUGUCGUAUUGCAUUAAUAAUAUAAAUACAUAUGUCUUGAGUUUAUUUUCUAAAUUAAAAGCAAAUCUCUGUUGGCAUAAAUUAGAAUUAGAAAAGUUUAGUUUAGAUGUAUAUUAUGGUGUGCGAGAAUGUUGGAGAAAAGGGAGAAAAUGUUAGUGAAAUUUUUCGUAGCAUAAUUUUGUUGGAUUUAAUUUGCCUCUAUCUUCACCUACAUUUACAUGAGAAGAGCUGAACUAAUACAAAACAACAAUUUGUGAAGAGUUAUUUUUUUCCUCUUUAUCUCUUUCUAUGCUCCAUAGCUCUUUGAUUUGAGGUGGAGUUGACAAAAAUAAAAGAAAAAAAAGAAGAAUUAUAUACGAUGAAAUUUCGCCCAAUUGGUGAUCUCACGGACGAUCCUCCAAGUUUUAAUUUUUUAUUUUGGCAAGAGAUGAUCGCGAUCAUCAGUGAACUUAUAAAGAAAGGAAUCAAGGCAUUAGUUGAGACAAACACAUAAUUUUGCCAAAAAAAAAUUGGAGACAUUGUGGCAAGAGAGUUAUUUAGGAGGAAAAUCAGUUUUAAAAGUGUUACAGAAGGAGAUUUAAUAAGUGAUUCACAUUCGAUACAGACGAUUUCUACAUGUUUUCCAUGGUGGAGUGUUACACAGAUAUGGGACAAAUUGGCCAAGACUAUAUACUGCAAAGGUAUCCUAUGGAUAAAAUAGACUUGGACCAUGUCUCACAGGUUAUUGGUUAUCAUCCCAGCUAUUUGGAGCACUUUCUCAAGACACAGAAAUUCAUCCUGUAUGCAGAUGGUCCCCUGCCUUACAACUAUCGCAAUUAUUUGGCCAUCAUGGCCGCUUCACGGCAUCAGUGCUCGUAUCUGAUAGAGCUGUAUGAGCAGGAAUUUCUGGAGCAGGGUGGUGAUCGAAAAUGGCUGGAGGGUCUGGAGUAUAUUCCUGCCAAAUUGCGCGCCAUUUACACAAUUAACAAGAUCCUGGCCCAUCGGCCGUGGCUCUUGACCACAGAUCACAUUGAAGCACUGACUAAAGGCCGCUUCUGCUGGACACUAGCUGAAGUGGUACAUGCCAUUGUGAUCCUGGCUCAUUUUCACUCCCUCUCCUCCUUUGUGUUCUCAUGUGGGCUCACGCAGGAAUUGAGCCAUUCUGUGUCUAGUCAGAGCCGACGUCAGAGUGGCGUUGGAAGCCGGUCGCCGACUGAAGAGGUGAAAAGUGUGGAUGAUCUCAUGGCACGCAUGAGGGAUCUAUCCAGUCGGAAUACCAAGUGCUCGGAGGAUGAGCUAAGCACACGUUUCAAGACUGUUGAGAUGCAGGCGGCGGAACUAGCAGCUGGAACACUCCAGACACCCGUUAACCUGCCACCCAAAGUGUGCCAGUAUGUGGAGGAUGCUGCCUUCACCUAUGUGGAUUUUGCCAAGCGCGGAUCUGCUGAUAUGCCCACCACGUUCCGUGUUCAGGAUUACUCUUGGGAUGAUCACGGUUACUCUCUCGUCAAUAGACUCUACAAUGACGUUGGCUAUUUGCUGGAUGCAAAAUUCAGAGCCGCGUACAAUCUCACCUAUUUCACUUUGGCCGGACGGAGUAAUGUGGACACGUCCAAAUUCCGUCGUGCCAUCUGGAACUAUAUCCAGUGCAUCUAUGGUAUCCGCCAUGAUGACUAUGACUACGGGGAGGUGAAUCAAUUGCUGGAGAAAUCGCUCAAGAUGUUCAUCAAAACAGCUUGCUGCUUUCCGGAACGUAUCACCAAGAAGGACUACGACAGUAUUCUCCGGGAGUUGCAGCACAGUGAAAAGGUUCAUGUAAAUUUGAUGAUCUUGGAGGCUCGCAAUCAGGCAGAGUUGCUCUACGCACUGAGAGAAAUUAUGCGUUACAUGACAUGAUUUCCACAAAAUUUGGAUGAGAGACCGAGAGAUAGCGUCAAUCGCUGAUAAUGCAAGAAAGAGAGAGAGAGGGAGAGAGAAAAAAAGAAAGAGUUUAACAUGGAGCGCACAAAAAAUUUAUAUAUUAUUUUAAUUUGCUAAGAUGCGAUGCAUCAAGAAAUAUCAUAAAAAAAACCUAUAUUUUAAUGGAUUUUCACGUAUAAAAAAAAAACACACACACAAUUGAGUCGUAAGAGUCACAGAGUUCGUGAGGACAGAAUAUUUAAUGUACAAAUUGAUGAUGCGAAUUAAUGGCAAAAUCGGGUGGGAAGUGAUAAAAUGAGAAUGGAAGGAUUUUUUGUGAUAAAAAUUUCAUACUAGGAUGAACCACAAUCAAUCGACUUUCCCAUGUUUUAAGGAAUUGUACAGAGAAUACUGUUGCAUAUCUUUAUAAGUGGAGUGAUUCUUUUUGUGAUCUGCUGUGCCAAUAAACAUUUUAAAAUGAUUUUAUUAAAAAAAGAAAACAUUUUUGCUACUCUCACAAAAA